UUGUGAAUGAGCCUAGCUACAUACUACCACAAAUGAUCAUGUGUAGUAUUUAUUUAUUUGUAGAAAUCUAAGUAGAUGAAAGCUAUGUUUUGCUACGAACUUCGUUAUAUAGACUAAGGUAUGUGGAAAUGUUGCAAACGCUGUGCAAAAAACAUUAGGGUGCAUUAAAACAUUGCUACGGUUAGAUUGAUUAUAGCCAUGUCUGGGGGAUUCUGCAUUUAGGAUUUAAAAUAACAAUCUAUUGAUUGGCUGAGUAUAGUUAACUCGUGGGCGUUCAUGUAUGCAGAAUUAAGCUCCUGCAAGCUGUUUUUAUGAAACACUAAGGACUUCGAAAUAUCAGCUCUUUAACCACUGGCCCUUUAAAAAUAACUGAGAUGGGUAAAAUGGGCGGAGCGUAUGUGUUAAACUUGUUUCUGUUAUAUGCGGCGAUAUCACAAAACGUUACACCGCAAUAUGAAGUCUGCGGAAACCUAUGGCAGAAAACAGACGAUUUCAAUCCACAUUCUGGGCAAUCUUCAUGACAGGUACGAUUACUAGAGAAUAAGUGUAUGGGGACCGAAGGGAUGUGGAGGGGUGCUAUCCGAGCCCCUCAUCCUACAGAAACGUUAUCAGCAUCACAGUACUUCCAGAUAGGUGCUUGAGAAGGCCGCCUGUUAAAACCCCAGAGCCAUGGAACCCAAACCACAACAGAGGAAGAAAAACAGGCCCAGCUACUUUGGGAAUGUCAAGACCAGACUGGGGUCUAAGCUCCCAGCUGGGGUUACUCAGUCCCACGGCUCAGUCGCCGGUCCCGCAGGGACAGGGCCUCAGCCGGGCCCAAAUCACAGGGACGGCAGUCAGACCAACCGUGCCAUCGGACGUCCCCUUGACCACGUCCCCCACAUCCGGAAUCCCCGUCUGCGCCAGUACUACCUCCAAGAGGCUGGACUGGAACCAGAACACGCCACAGCUAAGUCCCAGGAGGAGGCUGAAUUACUUGACAACAAAGCUGACAGCACGGGCCAACAUGAAGACACCGUGUUCACUGUCUCCUCCCAGUGCAAUAACCUUGCAGAUCAUCCUCCUAUCGCCACCUCCUCCUCCACCUCCUCCCUCAUCUCCCGACAGCAACUCUGCGUACCGAAGAUUAAAGGCCAAGGAUCAUCUCCCGUGGCGAUGCAAGCUGACCCCAACCUCAGGCUGGAACCAGAACUGGAUACAGACCCAGACCCAGACCCAGGGCUCUCUGCAGCCCCAACAGCCAGCCCGAGCUCCCUUUCACCAGACGCGGAGUACGACAAACUGCUGGAUGUUGAGGCGGUUCCAAUGCCUGACGGACAGCUGUGCCUGUUGACUCUGCCCCCCAAGUGUUCCCAAGGGGAGGGACCAGCAGCCAUGCCGUACCUCAAGCUUUUCUGCCGCUACAUCACCGACCGCAAGGGUGUGGUUUCUGGUAUAUUGGUGGUGACGUCCAAUAAGAUCUUCUUCGACCCGUGUAAGACUCACCCAUUGGUGAUGGAGCAUGGCUGUGAAGAGUACCUGGUGUCCUGCUCAGUGGACUGCCUGACCUCCGUCUCCUUCUACUCGGACAUUUCUCAUGUGCACUUCAACUCCUCCAUGCACAGCUGGAAAGGAUCUAAGAAGACACAGAAAACGUUCUUCAAAACUGGCAAGACACUCCGGCAGAACGCGAGGCAAAGCAGCAGUAGCCCUCCAAACCACAAGGGGGAGACGGUCCCAGCACUGGUGUCUGCCGCGACGUCAGAUCUAAGGUCUACCCUGGGUCUGAGCCUGGACCAGGGGGUCUCUGAGGAGAAGAGCUGCGACAUGGCUGAGGCAGAGAGGCAGCUAGAGGGGAAGGAUGUGAAGUCACCUGGGGCUCUGGGAGUGGCUGUGCUGAGCAGUGCUGCCACCUUCUGUUGUGGAGGACAAGAGGCACCCUGGACAGAGAACAGAAUGAAGGAGCAUAUGGACGGUGUGCAAACAGAGAAGGAGCAAUCUGUGAGGAAUCAGACACCAGGCCCCUCUAGACCUCCUCCUGGGAAUUCUGGAGGUCUGAUGUUUGUCAGGCUGCGUCUCCGGCAGUCCACUGGGAGGAAGAAGGGGUUGGCUGCAGGCCUACAACUUGGGACAUCCAAAUCAUUCCCCUAUAGGGACAGCUGGUUCACCUUUUCUCAGGAGAGUUCAGACGAGCUCUAUGCCUACCUGAGCCACUGGAGACCUGACCUCUGCAUCCUGGAUGGAGGGCUGGAGGAGGGAGAGGGCGACGAAGAGGACUUUGUGCUAGUCGAUGACGGAGUGGAAAAUCAGGAGGAGGAAGAAGAGGUGUCUAAGCACCGAGGGCGGUCUGGGGAGGACUGGGAGCUGGUGUCUGUGGAGGAUGGAAGUGGCAAACUACCGUUGGUCUUCGACAAGGAGCCAGAAGGACUGUGUGAAAUUGUGUCUCAGAGUCACAUCUUGGACGAGUCACUUGUCAGAGAGGUCUCGGCAGCUCUACCGGCCAGGACUGUUGGCCACGCGUGGCGGCUCUCCUACAGCACGUCUCGCCACGGCUUCAGUCUCAAGUCUCUCUAUCGGAAGCUGAGUGGCAGCGACUCCCCCGUCCUCAUGGUCAUCAAGGACUCGCUCAACCAAGUAUUUGGGAGCUUCCUCUCUCACCCACUGAGGCCGAGCGAGACUUUCUACGGAACCGGAGAGACGUUCCUGUUCAUGCUGCAUCCUCGCUUCAAGUGCUUCAGGUGGACCGGAGAAAACUCAUUUUUCAUAAAGGGAGACCUCGACUCUUUUGCUAUUGGAGGAGGAAGUGGUCACUUUGGGCUGUGGCUGGAUGAGACGCUGUACCAGGGCAGGAGUAGUCCCUGUUACACCUUCAACAACUGUUGCCUGUCGGAAAGGGAUGACUUCCACGUUAUAGAGCUGGAGGUGUGGACGUUCUGGUGAAGACCCGCCCUCUUCAACCCACCUUGCCUAGCAACACCCACUCUGACUGUGCAGUGACGGCAUUGAAAAGGAUUCUAGAAUACCGUUGCGUAAAUCUAGAACCGGUCUUCUCUGAAACAACGACUUAACAUUCUGUACCUGAUGGUUUCAACUUGAUCCUGUGAUUUUGGGCUGCAACCUUGAACUGUUAAUAUUAUGAACCUCACCUCUGAAGGUGGACCAAACAAUUACAUGGGCUGAGUUUGGGACUGAGGUCAACAUUUUCGACGGAUGCGGUCCGCUUUACUGCCCCACAUAGUAUUGGCCGCGUUGCAGCUCCAAUCAUCCUGCAGGUUGGAAUAGACCUCCCUUUCAGAAGACACUGCGUUGUGGGUACUGUAGUUCUGUGGAAACUGUAGUUCACAUCUCCUACUAGUGGAUCGCCAUCUGAAGGCCUGCUAGCAUGUGCAAGCCUGCAUUUCCACACAGCACAGCUUUGCAGUGUUGUUCUUCACCAUCUUGUUUUUGCCUCCUAUGAAAUGUAGAUGUUAAAGUAGCAUCCACCAUCUUGUAAAAUGGAGGAGUGGAAUUAGAUAUGGGCUCAUUUUGCCCCUCAUUAGCUAUGGACCAAAUACUAUGACUUGGUGUAAAUUGAGUGAAUGUGAAGAGGUCCUGUGGAAGCAAUCUAUACCGCAUCAAGUUAUCACGAACACCUGAACGUAGCUUCACUAACCAGAAAUAGACCUGUUCUUGAAUAGACAAAAUCCACACAAUGUGAAAAUAAGGUUACAUUGUGUUUGUAUAAGAUUUAUUUCUGAUACUUCAGGACACCAAAGGACAAUCAAGACUUUGCAGUGGUUCGUUUUUUAUUUGGCAUCUUCAGUUCGGUCUACAUCAGAGCUUAACUAGACACUGGUUAUGAGACAAACUUUUAAAAAUCAACCAUCCACACAUGAUAGAAGCAAAAAGGCACGAGUGGGUGUGGUAUAUGACCAAUAUACCACAACUAAGAGUUGUUCUUAGUCCAGACGAAUUACAGAGUGCCUGGACACCGUGCUCAGCCAUGGUAUAUUGGCAAUAUACCAUAAGCACCUAAAACGCCUUAUUACCCCUAGAAAACCUCUUACCAACACAAUUAGAGCAGUAGAAAGUGAUGUCAUACGCAUGGUCACUCAUACCACAGCUAUAAGCCAAUCAACAUUGUCUUCAAACCACCUUGUUUAUAUAUCCAAUGGGCUGAGUUAAGAUUGCAUCGACGAGAUAUACAUGUAAAAUAUUUGGUCUUGGUAGAAAACAUUUCACACUGUCACCAUACAGCUUUGUUUUGGUUUCCAUGACCACUGUUGGAAACAGAAACGGGUGAGGUGUUGUUGGCAGAAGCUUUAGCAAUGACAUCAGGUCUCGCCCAGGCAAAUUCAGACUUUCAGGCAAGGCCAUCACAAACUGCUGAAACUUUACGGAGAACACCUACAACCGUUCUGUCCAACUUCUCCAACAGUAGAUGACUGAACAAAAUGUGGUUCUUGACAUAUUGCAAAAUACAGCAAUAUUAAAACAAAAAACUAGAAUGCAAUAUGCUGCCGUACACUUGUUUUGCUAUGAAAAUGUAUUUACAGUAUAACUGAGUAAAAUAAAUCUAAUUCUCAUGUAAUGAC